AAUAUGGCGAAGUAGUCUUAGUUUUCGAAGUUCGAAAAUAAUACAGAAUAUUUAACUGUACUUUCCAAAAGCUUUCAAAAUGGCAGCAUCAUUGAAAGGAUUAGACCCAGAUCUAAGGAAGUAUUUGAGGAUCAAUAAGUUACCAGAUAUGUAUGAGGCACUCCUGACGGGCUUAGCAGUCAUGUGUCCGGAGGAUCCCCUUCAGUUUAUUCUGGACAGGCUUCGACUCAUCAAAGAAAUUGGACUGGAAAACUUGCAGUGGGACAUGUUUGUUGAGGAGAGUGAGAAACCCAAAAUGAGGUUUUUCUCUGAAAGCAACCUGGACUUUCUAUUCAACUUUGAUGAAUACUUGUUGCCAAGUCCUGAGAUGUAUGCUGUAGCCUAUGGCCACUAUAACACACACCUGAAGAGAAUGUGCUACAGUGGCUGGAUGCAGUAUCAUCUACGGGAACAGAAAAAGAAGGAGAAAAUACUGAAGAAAUUGAAUCUGGCAGCUCGACAUCAUUCCCAUCGCAUGUUGCGUGUACACCUCAACAUUUGGCGGGAAUGGAUCAAGUACAGAAAGGGACGACAGGCUAUGUCCUUUCAGAAGCUGCAGCAUGUCAGCCAUGUGGCUGUUGGACGGGUCAUCUUCGAGGCCUGGCAUCACCACACGCUGGAUGCCAAGAAACAGAGGGAGUACUUCGAGAUAAAUCUAAGGCGUCUGGAGCGAGGGGAGAACAUGGAUGAUGAUGACCUCUUCGGUCAGGGGACUGGGGAGGCGAGGGACAGCAUCUCUACACUGCCGCGGAAAGUGGCUGUCAAGAUAUUCGGGUACCUAGAUGUCGCUGACAUAGCCAACUGUGCUUGUGUGUGUCGGUCCUGGAAGGUGCUUACCCAGGCCAGCGCCCUCUGGAGUUGGCUUGAUUUCUACAGAGUAAGGAAAAGGAAUGACAGUGUAACAGACAAAGUGUCGACACGCCUCCUCUUCAAGUCCCGCCCCUACUUAAUCCAUCUGAACCUCCGAGGAUGCCAACAUCUCACCAAACCCACCUUCAUCACCGUCAGCGAGUGUCGCAACAUACAGGACCUCAAUCUGUCGGAAUGUAACGGACUAGACGAUGAGACUCUCAAGCUGGUAACCAAGGGCUGUCGUAUCCUGCUGUAUCUGAACAUCUCUCACACCAACCUGACAGAUGCUUCGUUACGGGCAAUAGCCAAGAACUGCAACUACCUCCAGUACCUCAGCCUGGCCUUCUGUGUGAAGUUCUCCGACCGAGGUCUGCUGUACCUGUCCUCAGGGAAGUGCAGCAAGAAGCUGGAGUACCUCGACCUCUCAGGAUGUCUACAGAUUACGCCCCAAGGCUUCAAGAACCUGUCCAAUGGCUGCAGCAAUCUACAGACAAUCAUUCUCAACGAGUUCCCUACACUCAAUGAUGAAUGUGUCAUUGCCCUUGCUGACAAAUGUAACAAGAUCCACACAGUGUCCUUCCUGGGCUCCCCACUGCUCACUGAUGAAGCGUUCAAGAAGCUGGCCCAAUCCAAGAGGCUCAAGAUGAUAAAGGUCGAAGGCAACAGCCGGAUCUCGGAUGUCAGUCUGAAGGCCAUUGGGAAGAACUGUCUGAGCCUGGAACACCUCUACAUGACAGACUGCCAGCGCAUCACCGAUGUCUCCAUGAAGGCACUACAGAGCUGCAAGAACCUCACCGUUGUCAACAUCGCCGACUGUGUCAGGAUCACCGACACAGGGGUGAGGCAUCUAGUUGAGGGGUCAUGUGCCCCGAAGUUGCGGGAGCUGAACCUCACCAACUGCAUCAGGGUGGGCGACAUGGCCAUGGUCAACCUGCAUAAGAGGUGUCACAAUAUCACGUACCUGAGUGUGUGUUUCUGCGAGCACAUCAGCGAGGCUGGGAUCGAGUUGCUGGGGCAGACACACAGUCUCAUCUCACUCGACCUCUCUGGCUGCAACUGUGCUGACCAGGGGUUGUCAGCUCUGGGUAACAACACUCGGCUCCAGGAUGUCACGCUGUCCGAGUGUAUGGGCAUCACUGACCUGGGACUACAGAAGUUUGCUCAGCAGUGUAAGGAGGUGCAGAGACUUGACCUGUCUCACUGCAUGCAAAUAACGGAUGGAGCCAUCAAGAACCUUGCUUUCUGUUGUCGAAUGUUAACAGUGCUCAACCUGGCUGGAUGCAAGCUGGUGACGGACCUCAGCCUGCAGUAUCUGUCUGGUGUGUGUCACUAUCUGGCUGAGCUGGACAUCAGUGGCUGUUUCCUCAUCAGUGACAAGGCCAUCAAGUAUCUGAGGAAGGGAUGCAAGAGGCUACAAGUGCUCAGGAUGCUGUACUGCAAGGGAAUCUCAAAACAUGCAGCUCAGAAGAUGAUGAAGCACAUAGACAAGGUGCUGUACAGCUCAGAUGAGGUGCCAGCUUUCUUCGGCUACUGAGCUGCAGCUGGAGCAGGGCCUCCCAGAAGAUGGAGGCAUGAGACGAUGAAGGUGGCCUGUAAGCAGAACUGGCCUAGACCAGUUUGAGAUGAAGCAACAGGACGUGUCAGUUCAGCCCUUUAACCAGGAAGAAGUGUGCUUUAUCUUGUUCUUCCUCCAGAUCUCAGUGAUUAGUAUGGCCCAGACCGUCAUUUUCUCCUCCAUAGUAUCUGGUGUCAUAUGAAUGAUGUUUGUUAGAUGUCUGGUGUCUGAUAUUUACCAGAUGUCUACUGUCUGAUGUCAGUCUGUUGUCAGAUUCUCAUGUCUGGUGUUAGAUGUCUGAUAUCAGACAUCUAGUGUGAGGACUGAAGUCGGUUUCAGAUGUCUGUUGUCCAAGUACAACUAGUCAUCAUUACUGGACCAAAACCUGUUAUCUGUGAUGCAUUUAGUGCAUUCAAAGCAUUACGUCGAUGCCAAAAUGAAUAUUCAUGUAUGUGUGUGUCCUUGUGUUGCAAAUACAUACCUUGAAGUCAUCAGUGAAGUUAUACUGCUGUGGCAUUAAGCAUCAUCAUGAUCAUCAUUUCAACCAUUCAGCAUUACCACUUUUGUUCUUUAUUAUUUGUUGAUACUUGUAUUUUUAGGGAAAUCCAUUUUGUAUAUAUUUUUCAGUGAAAAAGCAACAAUAAAGGAUCAAUAAAUCAAUACAGUGAGUGAUUCAGCAAAGUUCUAGUUGAUGAUCUGCUGGUACAAAUAUACCAUGUCAGCCUGUUCAUAGACUAGGCCUGAACCAGACAGACCAAGGGUCUGUGACCACUGUGAUUCGUCCAUCUUUUAACAAUUAUGAUCAAAUUGAACAAGGAUCAUCUCAACCAGCUCAGCUUAUUCUGCUCAAAGUCCUCAGAAAUGUCUGUAAAAUUUCAAAGUCAUAAUUGGUGUCAUGGCUUUGCAGAGGAGACAUGGUCUCAUUGAUACCAGGACCUAUGAAGAGACUUGACAUGUAGUGUUAUAUAAUUGUUGAAUGCAUGAAUUUAAAAAUCAAACAUUUUUUUCAAAAUAGUUUUCAAUGUGGCUACCAAAGAACUUUCUUUGAAGAAAGUAUCAUCUGUGCAUUAUAAUGAUACUUCUCUUUCAAUGUACAGAUGUGUAAAGGUUUUGUAAACUAUCAUCAAGGAUAAUUUUGUCCUGUCUGUUGUCAUUAGUUUUGUUAUCAUUAUUUAACAUGUUAUUGACAUGGUGUACAGGUUUACAUGUGUAGAUAAACAUUUUUUAAAGUU